UUUAUUAUUAACAAAAAGUAUUAAUAUUACCUACGAAUAUUAUUACUAUUAUUAAAUUCAAGACAAAAUAUUAAAAUGAAGUGUCAUUACGAAGUACUAGGUGUCCCAAAAAAUGUCACAGAUGAUGAAUUAAAAAAAGCAUAUAGAAAAUUAGCGCUCAAAUGGCAUCCAGAUAAAAAUUUAAAUGCUCCAGAAGAAGCUAAAGAACAAUUUCAAUUAGUUCAACAAGCAUGGGAGGUAUUAAGCGACCCUCAUGAACGAGCAUGGUAUGAUAACCACAGAGAUGCUAUUUUGAAAGGUGGUAUCGGAGAAGAUUAUAAAGAUGAUUCGAUUGAUCUAUUUCAAUAUUUUACAACUACUUGCUUCCAAGGUUAUAAUGACGAUGAAAAAGGUUUUUACACUGUCUACAGAACAGUUUUUGAGAAAUUAGUAGCAGAAGAUGCUGAAUUUGUGAUGGAAGAUGAUUCUGAUGAAGAAGUACCUAAUUUUGGAAAUUCUCAGAGUUCUUAUGAAGACGUAGUUCAUCCUUUCUAUGCUUAUUGGCAAAGUUACAGUACAAAAAGAUCUUUCGCUUGGUUAGAUCUACACGAUAUUCGACAUGCACCUAAUAGAAGAAUAGUUAGACUUGCUGAGAAAGAAAAUAAAAAAGUACGCGAAAAAGCUAAACGUGAAAGGAACGAACAAGUUAGAAAUUUGGUUGCAUUUAUUAGAAAACGCGAUAAGAGAGUCCAAGCGCACGCUGUAUUGCUUCUUGAACGCGCCAAAGAAAAUUUAAAAAAGACAGAAGAGCGUAAAAGAAUGCAAUUGUUGGAGAGGCAGAGACAUUUAAAAGAACAUACCGUAUCUGAGUGGUCGAAAUUUUCAAACGUUGAAGCGGAACUUAAAAAUAUUGAAGCUAAUCUUGCUGCUGAAUUUGGGGAACAAUUAUCUUCUGACAGAGAUUCAGAAACUGAAAAUGAUAUAGACGAUAAUACUCUUUACUGUGUUGCCUGCAAUAAAAUCUUUAAAACACAUAAAGCUUUUGCCAAUCAUGAGAAUUCAAAGAAGCAUAAAGAGAACAUAGCUAUUAUGAAACAAUCUAUGGUACAGGAAGAUAAAAGUAUUCAAGAAAAUACAGAAGAAACCGAUACAAGUUCAGAGUCAAUGUCCACUAUAACAACUUCUUACAAUACUCCAGGAGAUGAAGUUAAAUUAGCAACAGAUUCACAAUUACCUGACUUUUUAUUAAAUCCUAACAUAAGCAAUACUACUAGCUAUGAUAAUGAACAUGAGGUUUCAGAAGGUGAAUUAACAUGUGACGAAGAUGACACGUCCAAAACUCCUCCUCCAAAUGCUUGGGCAAAACUAUCUAACAUAGAAGAAAUUAAUCUUGCUACUGGUCCUCAAAUGUUUGAUGAACCAAUAAUAAUAAAGAAAGAGAAUGAAGAGGAAAAUUUAACUUCUGAAGAUGAGUUAAUGUCAGAUCAAGAUGAAGAAGAGAUAGUACAGACUAAACAAAAGAAAAAGAAAAAGAAGAGAAGGAAUAUACAAAAUGUAGAAAAUGAUAGCGAUGAAGAAGAUAAAAGUUUGGAUGAACACGUAUGGUUGUCAAAGAAACAACGUAAAAAGCAACAACAACGUAAAGUUGCCUUAAGUAAAAUUACUAUGAAUAAUGAAGAAUUAGAAAAAUGCGAAGAAGUAGAAAAACAAAAUUGCUGUGAUGAAACUAAUGAAACCGAUUUAAAAAGCCUGGAGAAUAAAAUAACUCAGAUGAAUUUUGAAAGUACUGAUAAUGUGAUAAAACAAGCACAAAUUUCCAAUGAAAAUAUAAAGAGUAGCAAAGGAAAGGAUUCCAAAAAAUUACGCAAUAAAAUAGGAAAUGAAAACAAAAGUAAAAAUAAAAAAGAUGUUAGGAUAGCCGACGUUCAAGAUUUAGCACAUUUUUGUGUUUCCUGCAGAGCUGAAUUUUCUAGCAAAAACAAAUUGUUUGAACAUUUAAAGAAAACAGGUCAUUCGGUUUAUAUACCGGAUUCGUUAAAAAAUAAAAAAAAUCAAGAACACGUGUCUAAAUCUAAAAAAAAUGUGGAUAAAAGGAAUUAUUAAAAAUGACGAAAACUUCUAACAAUUUGUUAUAUAGUAAAUUAAUAAAUUGUAGGAGAAUUAAUUGUAAUAAUUUAUAAAAAAAAAAA